GAGGAAGGCGCGACGCCGCUGGCCGCCCCGCCCUGGGAGGCGCCCGGGCCCUCGUCAAGUGACCGGCCUCGCGUCCAGGAGCACACGGUGCUUCAGAGGGGAGCGCGCCGGCAGCCCCGGCGCCAAACCGCCGUCACCUCCUUCCUGUGCUGGGUGACCCGUCUCCUCACCCACCCGGAAAAACAUAGUCCGCCCCUCACGCCCUUGUGCAGCCGCCAUUGGCUCCCGAGCAGUGCGGUCCGUCCGGCACGGCCGAGGGCUCUAGGGUCGCCCCCCGCCCGAGAAAAGCGACGUCAAAAACCCUACACUGACAAGCCGCGGGAGGCAGCGGCGAGACCGGCGGAGGGACACGGCGCGCGCCGCGCACUGCGCACGCGCGCCGUCCAGCAACGAGUUCCGGCCGGGCCGGGGCCGUGGCCUAAAAAUAGCGCCGGUGUGGGGAUCCGUGCGCGGCGGUGCCGGCGGGUCCCGCGGCAGGAGGCGGCUCCGGGCGGGCGGCGCGAGCGUGGCCGCCGGCAGCGCCGCACACACGGAAUUUUAUUUUGUGAAAAGGGAACAAAGAAGAAUUUUCUACAAGGAUCACAUCUAAGUGCACUUUCUGCGGAUACACCAUUUCUAAUCUUAGAGAAAAUUUCAGCUAUAGCCCUUGGACUAGAAGCUGAAAUAAAUAGAAGCUGUGUACGAUGCAUUAGGGUAUUGAAGAAAAUUAAUUUUUGAAUUAAAUAUUUGGAAUAUAAGAAAGGAAAGGUGACUGAAAAUGGGGCGGAAGAAAAUACAAAUCACACGCAUAAUGGAUGAAAGGAACCGGCAGGUCACAUUCACGAAGCGGAAGUUCGGGCUCAUGAAGAAGGCGUACGAGCUGAGCGUGCUGUGCGACUGCGAGAUCGCCCUCAUCAUCUUCAACAGCUCCAACAAGCUCUUCCAGUAUGCCAGCACCGACAUGGACAAGGUGCUGCUCAAGUACACGGAGUACAACGAGCCGCACGAGAGCCGCACCAACUCCGACAUCGUCGAGGCGCUCAGCAAGAAGGAGCACAGAGGCUGCGACAGCCCAGACCCCGAUACUUCCUAUGUGCUAACUCCACACACGGAAGAGAAAUAUAAAAAAAUUAAUGAGGAAUUUGAUAAUAUGAUGCGGAAUCAUAAAAUCGCACCCGGUGUGCCCCCCCAGAACUUCUCCAUGUCUGUCACAGUGCCUGUGACCAGCCCGAGUGCUCUGUCCUACACAAGCCCAGGGAGUUCCCUUGUGUCCCCCUCUCUGGCCGCCAGCUCAGCAUUAACCGAGUCCAGCAUGCUGUCUCCACCUCAAGCCACGCUGCACAGAAACGUGUCCCCAGGUGCCCCGCAGAGACCACCGAGCACUGGCAGUUCAGGUGGGAUGUUGAACACAUCAGACCUCACAGUGCCAAAUGGAGCCGGAAGCAGCCCCGUGGGGAAUGGAUUUGUGAAUUCAAGAGCGUCUCCUAGUUUGAUUGGAACCACAGGUGCGAACAGCUUAGGCAAAGUCAUGCCCACCAAGUCUCCCCCUCCCCCAGGCGGCGGCCCCCUCGGAAUGAACAGCCGGAAGCCGGACCUCCGCGUCGUCAUCCCUUCUUCCAGCAAGGGCGUGAUGCCCCCCCUGUCGGAGGAAGAGGAGUCGGAGCUGAAUACCCAAAGGAUAAGCAGCUCGCAAGCCGCCCAGCCGCUCGCUACCCCCGUGGUGUCGGUGACCACCCCCAGCCUGCCCCCGCAGGGCGUCGUCUACUCCGCCAUGCCCACGGCCUACAACCCGGACUACUCGCUGUCCAGUGCUGAGCUCUCCGCCCUGCAGGGCUUCAGCCCCACGGGCCCACUGUCUCUGGGGCAGGUCUCCGCCUGGCAGGGGCACCACCUCGGGCAGGCGGCCCUCAGCUCGCUCGUCGCCGGCAGCCAGGUCCCUCAGGGCUCGAGUCUGUCCAUCAACACCAACCCCAACAUCAGCAUCAAGUCGGAGCCCAUCUCCCCGCCGCGGGACCGCAUGACGCCGUCGGGCUUCCAGCCGCAGCCGCCGCCACGGCAGGAGAUGGGCCGCUCCCCUGUGGACAGUCUCAGCAGCUCCAGCAGCUCCUACGAUGGCAGUGACCGGGAGGACCCACGGGGCGACUUCCACUCGCCCAUUGCACUGGGCAGACCCCCGAACGCUGAGGGCAGGGAGAGCCCAUCAGUGAAGCGCAUGCGGAUGGACGCGUGGGUGACCUAAGCGGCCGCCUGGCCCCGCUGGACAGUCCUACCUAUCUAACCGGCCACGCAGGACGCAAGUGGACUAUUUAUAUGUACAUACAUAUAUGGCCCUUCACGUAUGUAUGUAUGUAGGUGUGCGUGUGUGUGUGUGUGAGGGGAGGGUGCAUACGCAGGGUCACGCACUUACCUGCGAGUUCCUCCUGGCCACCCGAGUCCAGUGUGGCGGCUGCCGGGCUGCCCUGUGCGACGCCCACACUGGCCCACGGCAGCCCCAGGCCCCUGCUCUUCUCAGCUAUAACGUGGUGACUAGUGACUUGAGAAAAACGCUUUGUAGAACAGAGCAGUAGAAAAGCAGGACCCAAGAAAGCAAUACUGUACAUAAAACGUCAUUUCUAUUAGUGCCCGACCUGGCCUGGGUCUCUAUUGCAAUGGGGUGCAUGGGAAAGGGCUGUUGAUAUUAAAAACAAGAAAAAAAUUACAAACCUUCCCCACAUAACUGUUUUGCACGUGCAAAAAAUGUAUUGGGUCAAGAAGUGAUCUUUAGCUAAUAAAAGAAUAGGAAACACGCAUGAGAUAUUCUGAAAUACUAGCCUAGAAAUAUAGAGCAUUAACAGAUAAAUUAAUAUAUUAAGUUAUAAUUGGAAUAUGGCAGAAGUUCCUUUUUACUUUUUUGUCCUCCAAGGGGGUAUGACUUUAGCUCAUAUAUUUUCUAUGAAAGAAACACCCUUAUGAAUUGAUGACUAUAUAAAAUUAUAUUCACUACUUUUGAACACAGUCUGCUCUGAAUUAUUUAUAUAAGCCAAAGCUGUAACUUUUUUUUAGAGAAUAGCUUUAUCUUGUUUUAACUUUUUAGUUUUAUUUUAAGAGGGGGAAAAAAAUAUCUUGCAAGCAGAACUUUGGAAAAAAAAAGCCAUGAACACUCUAUAUGUAAAUUAAAAGUGGAGCCAAACUCUGUGUAUAUAGCAUCUUAAAUAUAUUCUCACCUUUGAUGUCAGUACCUAUGUAUUGUAUGGUCACCAGAUUAAAAAGUCUAUUUUUGUGGAUUGCCGCCAGCUGCGGGGAGGGACUAUGUCCUUAAGAGUCAGUUGUCACUGUUUGAUAUUUGCUAUUUUGUUACUAUGCUAUCCUUGGAUUGGGAUCCUGGGCGGGUUUCCGCAGAGGCUGUGGCCGGGGGCUCUCCCUGGCACCCGAGUCUCGGUGCUGGCGGCAGUGCUGAAGGUUUUAUACGUGUACAUACGCGGCAAGGUGGCAGAGACUGGUGUCCGGUUCGUCCUGCACAAGUACAGGGCCUGUCAUCAUGGGUUUUAUUCAGGCAUUACUGAAGUCCUGCCCUGUGCGAGGCCAGACAAGGUUUGCUGAGGGGCAGAGAGGCGGCUCCCGCCCCUGCCCGCACACACCGGCCCCGCCACGUGGGCAGAGCCAGAACACCCCUUUCCCGGGCUGUGCCAUGAGCCGGAUCCGUGCCCGGGAGGGCUGGGCCCCUGCUGCUGCUUUUCGCCCCCUCCCGGGAAUGCGCAGGCGCCGCCACCUCCCGGCCGCCCCCGCGGCGCUCCUGGCAGCUCCAGCCCCGGUCGGCGUCGGCGCGUUGGGGCCAGGCCGUCCGGCGCUUUGGUGGGAAGGGUCCUCAGACCGGCCUCACUUUCCUAGGACUUCCAGGCCCGGCCCCGCCCGGGUUCCCGAGCUGAUCCUUACCACUUUGUAAACCGUUCCUCGCGUUGAAAGUGUUGAGUGAUUCUUUCAUCCCUCUGCAUGCUCCCGAGCUUCUGCACACCGGGGAGAGGAGUUGCCACAUUCACAUUUACUGUCUAUUUUCUUGUGUGCCUUACGAGAUGGCUUUCUGACUGUAUCUCAAUAGUCUUCUUUCUAUGCAGGUUUAUAAUCAGCACUACUGUUUUCUAAACUAAUCCUACACGAGGCUCGGAGUUUGUAUCUCAAUGACUGACCAAGCACCCACGUGUUCCGCUUUCUGGAACAGACUGUUAGCCCUCCCACAGGCCCAGAACACGUGUGCGCGCGCCCCCGGAGGGCAGCCCCCUCGCACCCCCCCUCACCGCCGUGUUUGUACCAUCACAGCACCGUGCAUCUGCUCAGACAGGUAUUUCAUCACUAAGAGCUUCGCGUGGCGCCGGCCCCAGCUCAGGCCGCCGGCGCCUACUGCCAGCCAGUCACUGUCUCUCCCACCCAAACUCCAUCUUUCUGAGCCCUAACAACAUCCAUUGUGUCCAAAACGAAAUCAGGGGUUUGUUCUAGACGAACAAUAUCUGUUUCACCAUUUCCUUUAACUGUAAGGACAGAUUUAAAAAAGAAAAAAAGAGCAUGAACCUUUUCUGUAUUAACCAUCACGCGCACAAGAAAUACAUAGUAAAUAAGGAACCAGAAACUCCUGGCGUUGGGUCGUAAGAAGCUAGAUGAUUAGAAUGUGAAAAAGAUUUUGACAAAUGUAAAGCUUUUAUUUCUCUGUAGAAACUUUUCUUCAUGUGGCUGUGCAAGAAGGCGCACUCCUUUGCUCUAUUGAAAAUGGCUUUUUUAACAGAGAUUUAUGUAUUUGGUGAAUGUUUGUAGUCAGCAGUUCACAGGAGACGCUGUAUGCAGUCGGAUCAUGUGAAACCGUUUGGCGGCACAAGCUGGACUUUGUUGCCAUCCUUGAGAUGAAGCUUUUAAGAAAAAGUGAUCUCAAAUUUUCCCUGAAUGUGUUGUUUUUCUUCAUUAUACAAUAAAUAUUAUAGUGAACUUUUUAUCCAAUGGUUAAGAAAACUGCUAGAGGUCGUUGUGAACUCUUUGUACCUGCACUCACUACAGUAAAGGCGGACUGGCUUUUCCUGUGCA